GAGAUCGGGGGGUGGAGUCCCCGCCUAGGCGGGUGGGGGCCUGCCGCUGCACCCGCUCGGCGGGCCCGGCCUGCCCUCCCCAGCCCCUUCCUCCGCUAGGCUGCCGGCCUGGAGUCCUCCCUUUCCGCGGCCGGGAGGCGGGGAAAUCCUCCACGCGGCCCUGCCUGCCUGCCUGCCUGGCUCCUCCAGCGCUCCAAUGUCGGAGGAGGUGCGCGCCGGGCCGGGGGAGUCGAGCUCGGGACUUUGCUGGGCCUCGCUGCUUUCUUGCUUCAGCUUGGCCUGUUCCUACGUGGGGAGCCUCUAUGUCUGGAAGAGCCACCUGCCCAGGGACCACCCUGCUGUCAUCAAACGCCGAUUCACCAGCGUCCUCAUUGUGUCCUGCAUGUCGCCAAUCUUCAUCUGGGUCUGGAAAGAGGUGACAGGUGUUAAGCCAGGUACAUCUCUUCUUGCUCUGAUGGGCUUUCGGCUGGAGGGCAUAUUGCCAGCAAUGCUGCUGCCUUUGCUGUUAACUAUGGUCUUAUUCCUUGGCCCCCUUAUCCAGAUGUCUAUGGAUUGCCCUUGGGACCUGGUGGAUGGUUUAAAGGUUGCAUUUGACCCCCAGUUCUGGGUGCUCUGUCUGACCGACAUGCGCUGGCUCCGCAACCAGGUCAUCGCACCACUCACAGAGGAGUUGGUGUUCCGCGCCUGCAUGCUGCCGAUGCUUGUUCCUUGCACAGGAUUGGGACCCGCCAUCUUCACUUGCCCGCUCUUCUUCGGAGUCGCUCACUUUCACCAUGUGAUUGAGCAGCUACGGUUUCGCCAGGGAAGUACAGCCAGCAUCUUCCUCUCAGCAGUGUUCCAGUUCUCCUACACAGCGGUCUUUGGAGCAUACACAGCCUUCAUCUUCAUCAGAACAGGGCACCUUGUUGGGCCUGUCCUCUGCCACUCUUUUUGCAACUACGUUGGAUUCCCUGCUGUGGGUGCAGCACUGGAGCACCCACAGCGCCUUCUGGUGGUGUUCUGCUAUGUGUUGGGUGUGGUCCUCUUCCUCCUCCUCCUGCACCCCAUGACUGACCCAGCCUUCUUUGGACACCUGCCCAUCUGCACCCUGUCCAGGUGGACCUCUGCAGCCAACAGCAUCAGCAGCUUAUCCCUCUGUUCUUGACACCAGCAGGGACCCUUUCUCUACCUGGCCCUCGCACACACAGUGGCAGAAGACUAGACUGCAAACUUUUUUAAAAAACGGGUUUUCAAACGGCUUUCUGGGCGUAGCUGCAUGCUGGGAGCAUAGUUGGAUGAGGGUGCCAUGAAGCACUAGAGCCCACCUCCCACAGCUCCAGUGCCUGUGUGAUUCUGGGAGAAGCCAUUGGUCAAACCGGAUCACAGUUGAUGUGCAGCUGUGCCGGUGUUCUUGCACACCUCUGCCCUUGAGCCAGCUGCCCCUUUUUUAUAGAUCCCUGGGGGCUUUUCCUCCCAGCCCCGAAGAGCUCUAUUUUUUAUUAUUAAAAGUACUUUAAUGAGGCUGUUAUGUCCUUCAUUGGUCAGCAGAAAGUAGUUUUCCCUCGGGUAGGGGGCAGUGGAGAUGUAGUGUGAUGCAGUGGUCUGCACAUUCAGACACUUACGCCCUGUCAAGCGCUAGGCUCAGUGGGUAGGCCAACCAUCCUUUUCCAGUCUAACCUACCUUCUGGAGAUGCUAGCAGCACAAAAGGGAGAAGCCAUAUAUGCCAAGGUUGCUCAACCUUGGAGGCAGGGAAGGGGUCAAAAUCAAUAGUGUUGAAUAGUGCCUGUCCUCAUAGCAUGGGCUCAGAUGUAUCUUUCGGGACCAUAGUGAUGUCUGUCUGGUGUAGCUCACUUUGUGGGGGACCUGCCUACGUGGGCAUAAGUUCUUGCAGAGGUUGUACUCUUAAGUACCAGGGAACAAGUCUACUGGAUGUGGAGAAAAACUUCCUUGUUGCAGCUCUUGAUUUCCUUCGUUGACUAGAUGGCCUAUAAGACUCUUCUGUCCCUAGGCUUAUAAAUGGUCAUGUCCUAAAUCAAGGCAACAUCAUGAGGUUGGUGGUUGUGUGUGGGGUUGGUGUCCAGGGAAAAGGGCCAUCUCUAAGUGCCUGCAGCCAUCAUUUUCCACAGCCAACUGCUGUCCCAUAUAUAAAUCUGUCUGUGCCAGA